CCUAUCUCUCAGUUUCACUUCUGAAUGUGCAGGAACAUGCGGUGGCUCCUUGUUCCCACCAUCUUCAUCAUCCCUUGUACGCAACAGUUUUUCCACAGCCCACCAGUGCAGCCUGGAGAUAAACCUUCAGAAACUGGUGAAGUCCACCAGCGCAAGGAAGUUUGUCACUGGCCAUGCAGAUGUCCCCCUGUGCCAGCCUGCACCCCUGGGGUAAGCUUGGUGAAGGAUGGCUGUGGCUGCUGUAAAGUCUGCGCCAAGCAGUCAGGAGAGCCCUGCAAUGAAGCAGAUGUCUGUGAUCCCCAUAAAGGUCUCUACUGCGACUACUCGGAAGACGAGCCUAGGUAUGAAAAAGGCGUGUGUGCAUAUCUGGUAGCUGUAGGAUGUGAGCUCAAUGGAGUUUAUUAUCCCAACGGGCAGACCUUCCAGCCUAACCCACUUUAUAAGUGCCUGUGUGUCAGUGGUGCAAUUGGAUGUACACCUGUAUUCACACCGAGACUAGCAGUGAGUCCCUGCACCAGGGUCACGGGCAGAAAGAAGCCUGGACAAUCUAUUUGUGGCCUGGGACAGCACAAGCAGCUUCAAUCAACCAACUACAGACUAAUGUCAGCUUACAGAAGCUUACCGCUAGUCUUGAAGAAAAAGUGCCUUGUACAGGCAACUCCCUGGACACCCUGCUCCAGGACCUGUGGCAUAGGCAUAUCCAGCAGAGUGACCAACGACAACAGAAGAUGUGAGAUGAAAAAAGAAAAGAGAUUAUGCUUCAUCCAGCCUUGUCUGACUAAUAUGCUGAAGAAAAUAAAGAUUUCAAAAGGAAAAACAUGUCAACCGACAUUCCAGCUUCCAAGAGCAGAGAAGCUAGUUUUUUCUGGAUGCUCAACUACUCAAAGCUACAGACUAACCUUCUGUGGGGUGUGCUUGGACAAGAGGUGCUGCAUACCUAAUAAGUCCAAAAUGAUCACUGUACAGUUUGAGUGUCCCAAUGAAGGCUUCUUCAAGUGGAAGAUGAUGUGGAUAACAUCGUGCGUAUGUCAGAGGAUUUGCAGUGCUCCAGGAGAUAUGUUUUCGGAACUCAAAGUCCUAUGACAAGUUACACCACUGACUGUAAC